CCCUCUCUCUCUCUCUUCUAAUCUAUAUAGCCAAACAAACCAAGCACCAUUAUAAUACAAGAGGACACAAGAAAGAGGGAACCUACACAAACAAGGAGAGACACUUUCAAAGAGGUGAAACUGCAACAGUUAUUCUUUGCCUUUUUUUUAAAUACUCUGCUGCUAAGCUGUGUCAGUUCAUAGAGAAGCCUCAAAUGGCAACUAUGCUGGCAAAGGACCAUGCUCUCAACCUCAAGGAGACUGAGCUUUGCCUCGGUCUGCCUGGUGCUGGCGGUGGAGGCGGCGGCGGUGGCGGUGGCUCUGAGGUGGAAACACCAAGGGCUACUGGGAAGAGAGGGUUCUCUGAGACAGUUGAUCUGAAGCUCAAUCUGCAGGCCAAGGAAGAUCUCAACGACAAUCUGAAGAAUGCCUCAGAGGAGAAGACCCUCCUUAAGGAUCCUACCAAACAACCGGCUAAGGCUCAAGUGGUUGGUUGGCCACCAGUGAGGUCAUACAGAAAGAACAUGAUGAGCCAGAAGGUUAGCACCGAGGAUGGAGCUGAGAAGACAACAAGCAGCACUGCUUCUGGGGCAUUUGUCAAAGUUUCCAUGGACGGAGCUCCUUAUCUUCGCAAGGUGGACCUCACAAUGUACAAAAGCUACAAAGAGUUAUCUGAUGCCUUGGCCAAAAUGUUCAGCUCCUUCACCAUGGGUAAUUAUGGGGCCCAAGGAAUGAUAGACUUCAUGAAUGAGCGCAAGUUGAUGGAUCUUCUUAACAGCUCUGAGUAUGUGCCAACCUAUGAAGAUAAGGAUGGUGACUGGAUGCUCGUGGGUGAUGUCCCAUGGGAGAUGUUUGUUGAAUCAUGCAAGCGUCUGCGAAUAAUGAAAGGAUCAGAGGCAAUUGGACUUGCGCCAAGAGCAAUGGAAAAAUGCAAAAGCAGAAGCUGAAAGUGGGGAAAUACAUGAUGUGUGAGAUUCCGUACCAAAUUGGAGCUA